AUGGCGAGCGUGGAUAUCUUGCAUGAUGGCAGCCACAUUGAGUAUGUCUCAGGGACAUCUGAUGGGGUGUUCAAUUCGUCUCCUGACACACCAUCCACUAUUUAUCCUGAUCGCUUGAUCCGUCCUCUACCUAAACGGACCCUCCGUUCACGCCUUUCUUCCGAUGCUGCCGACACAUUAUUCUAUCCUCCAACGCCGCCGGCGUCUCAAAUAUUUUAUGGCGUCUCUGGGGAUUCCGAAGAAGCGGUGAAUGAAUCCAAAGUUUAUGUGCAACAAACUGUGGAGAAUGAAUUGUCACCAGAGGCUGAUACACAUGACUUUGAGACGUCGGUAGAAUUGGAGAGCGGUGAUGAAGGCGGUCCGAUAGUUGUUCGGAGGAGUGGUGUUAUCCGGAGAUCGUCGUUGUCACCUCCCGCGUCUAGCAAUACACACAGCUUCCCUCACGACACCCCACAGACAAAAUCUUCAACCGGGGACGGUUACGACGCGUUUGAGAAUACAAAUAACAAGAAAAAGCGAAAGAUACCUACACCUGGAAACCUAGGAGGACACCAUUCUGCGUUGUCUCCGGAGUUCGCUAGCAUGGGGUUGGCAAGCUCAACCCCCGCGCGGGUUCCUACCCCGACUGAUGCCACUGGCACAUAUUAUGGGAGUGGAAACCCUGCUUCGCCUUUAGGGAGUGGAAUAUCUGGUUCAGGAAGAGGUCGAUUGGGACGUCCUACUGUCCGUAGCAGCAGCAGGAACCCGUUAUCACCAAAUGCUCAGAAUGGAUGGAUGCAUGCCCGGACGCCCAGUCGGCGGGAUGGGUUGAUGUCAUCCCCCGGCCCUUCUGGUGAAUCUUCUUCUGACCAGGGAAUUAUCUCCACCGCGAUCGCCAACGCCGCAACGCACUCCUCCCCAUCUCGGGGUCCCAGCAACGUCAGCCUAUUGGAAAAAGAAAAAGAAAAUACCACUCCGACCAAGACGCAGUUCACCUUCACAUGUGAGUCGGACUCGUCCAAGGGCAUGGCGAUGCAGCGAAAUUAUUCGAUCCCUUAUCGAUCUCCCACUUCACCACUCGGUCCGGCAAGUCAGAAACAGAAAGCGUUAUCCACACAAGGGACACAGCCUAGCCCCAUGAACCCCCAGGCCCCACCCAGUACGCAAGCACCACCCGCUCAAGGUGGGGAGCCAACUCCCGUGGGCCCCAAGAAGAAACGGUCUCCAAGUAGCAUAUACGCACUGUCUGCACGUCAACGCAAGAUCGAGCAACAAUACACGAACCUUCACCAUCCCCCAAGUCUUCGGGACAUCUGGAUUUGUGAAUUCUGUGAAUAUGAGAGCAUCUUUGGGAGUCCGCCCGAAGCUCUAAUCCGACAAUAUGAGAUGAAAGACCGCAAAGAGCGCAAGCGACUGGCGGAGAAGAAGCGACUUUUGGAGAAGGCUAAGAUGAAGGGUCGCAAGAACAAGAAGGCGACGAAGAACUCAAAGAAUGGCUCACAGCUACCUCACCAACAGGGAUACGACCGCGCUUCGGCGGACCACUCCUCCGCCGGUGGGUCGGGUCUUCCUGAUGAUGAAUACCAAGGACAUGAGUACGAUGAUCAUGAGAACUCGCCAGUCCCACCUUCGGCCCCUGCAUCCCCCACCGAUCUCAAACCUCCACUAUCGCCCACUGGAAAUAAUCCAAAGAUUGCGGCUUCUGUUUCAGGUAUUAAGGGUUCUGCGGAUUCCGGAGCAAGUCGACCGGCAUAG